AUGCUACGUUCAUUGUGUAAAUCUCGCUUUCGCGGUCGGCGCUUCGCCGUGCCCAGCCGCCAAUGCCAGUCCACCACGACUCACAGUGCCAAGUCGGCUUCUUCGUGGUCCAGCGGCGCUUUAAUCGGCAUCGCCACAGCUACAGGUGCUAUCGGGUGGAGUGUCGCACAGUGGCAGACGGAGAAAAUCAGCAGCCAAGUUCAUUCUGGCAUUCCUAGCGCUGCCAUCAGAGAGAUUGUGUCGGAACUUGGAAAUGAGGAGAUUAUCUCCACAGAUGAUGAAGACCUCAAAAGGCACGGAUACUCCGAAUGGUCUACCGUCAACCCCGACACGCUGCCCGUAGCCGUUGCCUACCCGCGGAGCACGGAAGACGUGGCCGCUAUUGCGCGCAUCUGUCACACCUACCGCGUGCCUCUGAUCGCCUUUUCCGGGGGCACGAGCCUCGAGGGCAAUUUUUCCGCGCCGUAUGGCGGCAUCAGCGUCGACUUUGCGCACAUGGACCGCAUCCUGCAGCUCAACAAGGACGACAUGGACGUGGUGGUGCAACCGAGCAUCGGCUGGCAGGACCUAAACCAGGCGCUGGCUGACCGGGGCGCGGGACUGUUUUUUCCCGUGGACCCCGGCCCGACGGCCAAGAUUGGCGGCAUGAUUGGGACCAACUGCUCGGGGACGAAUGCCGUCCGGUACGGCACGAUGAAGGACUGGGUGAUCAACUUGACGGUGGUGCUGGCCGACGGGCGGGUCAUCAAGACGCGGAGAAGACCACGCAAGUCUUCGGCGGGGUAUAAUUUGAAUGGCCUCUUUGUCGGCUCAGAGGGAACCCUGGGCAUUGUGACAGAAGCCACGCUGAAACUGGCCGUCAUCCCCGACGCGUACUCUGUGGGCGUCGUAUCCUUUCCGACUAUUCGCGCGGCCGCGGCUGCAGCCGCCGGUGUCAUGCGGGCUGGCGUCCCCGUCGCUUGCAUGGAGAUCAUGGACGACGUGCAGAUGCGCGUCGUCAACCUGAGCGGCCACACGGCCCCGCGGACAUGGAAAGAGCUGCCCACGCUCUUCUUCAAGUUUUCUGGGUCCAAGGCGAGCGUUGCGGAAAACAUUUCCACGGUGCAGGCCAUCACAUCGGAAAACGGUGGCGAAGAGUUUGAGUUUGCCAAGGACGAGCGGGAACAGAAGCUGCUGUGGUCUGCCAGAAAAGAGUCACUCUGGUCCAUGCUGGCCCUCCGAAAGGCUGACGAAGAUGUUUGGAGCACCGACGUCGCCGUGCCGCUGAGCCGCCUCGCCGACCUCAUCGAGGUAAGCAAGAAGGAAAUGGACGACCUGGGCAUGUUUGCGAGCAUCCUGGGGCACAUCGGAGACGGAAACUUUCACGAGAGCAUUCUGUACAACCGCAAUGACCCCGAGGAGCGCGCGCGGGUGGCGCGCUGCGUGCACAACAUGGUGCACCGUGCGCUCAACAUGGAGGGCACAUGCACCGGCGAGCACUCGAUUGGCUGGGGCAAGAAGGCGAGCCUGGUUGCGGAGCUCGGACAGGAGACGGUGGACGUAAUGGCGACGAUCAAGCACGCGCUGGAUCCGCGGUGGGUGCUGAACCCGGGCAAGAUCAUGGACGUGCCGUGGCUGCCGAGAGAGACGUACCUGGAUAGCGCGGAUGUGGUGGUGACGCCGAUUCGGAGGCUGGUCAAGAAGGAUACAGCAAGCAGAGUAGUAUAA